GUGUCGAAUUGUCACUCACGCGCUCGGUAUAUCACUCGUUACUGCAAAGUCUGAAUAGAUUACUAUCAAAGAAGGUUCGGAUCGACAACAUGAGAGCUUUAGUGGUAGUCUUCCUCGUUUGCGUUACUUUGGCUUUAUGCCAAGCUUCAGUAAGACGCGCAACCCACUGUACAAUAGCCAAUGACUGCGCUGGGACAUGUGAAGACCCGACGCACCACUGGUCUUGUAUACAAAGUGCAUGCGAAUGUCGUACACAUGGAGUCACGGCUGCACCAAGUCCCGACAGGCCUUACGAAGGAUCAAUUUGCAAAACAAAGGAAGACUGCCAUGAUAUGCACCACUGCGAUAGAGAAAAGGAGCAUUGCUAUGAUGGUCGAUGCAAAUGCACCGAUACCGAUGAACAUCAUCACGGAUAAUCUUCUUAAAUAAAACGUUCUUUCAAACAAUUAA